AUGUCAAACGCUUCCCUUCAAGGCUGGUAUGGCGAACUGGACAGUACAAGGGAUGUUGCGGAAGAAGCAUACAACGAGGCUAUUAGGUACUUGAAAGUCGAGUUUCAGGGGAAGAAAGCCGACAGUCUUGCGUGGAUGAGGAAUUCCACAUCGAUAACGGAUGUCCAAACCUAUAUACUGCAAGCCCAGAAGCGAUAUCAAGAUGCCACUAAGUUCAAAGUUCUACGGGACAGGCUACACAAAGCCUCGGAGAUCAUGCUCUAUUAUGGGACAGCCCUAGACAUGCUUGCUCAACAGCAUCCGGAGUACGUCAGUCUCGCUUGGGGAACUGUCAAAUUUAUCUUCAUUGGCAUCAUCAAUCAUGCAGAGCUCGUUGCUGAGUUUGCGAAAGCUCUCACGGAUGUCGGUGAAGUUCUACCAAGGGCAAAACUCAACGCUAAAUUGUAUCAGACCGAUACGAUGAAGGAAGCCGUGGUCGGGCUAUAUCGACAUAUCUUACUGUUCCUGCAAAAGGCGCUGGAAUGGUAUCAAUUCACCCCAGGACGGAGAGCCGUCUGCGCGGUCAUUCGUCCUUUCAAAACUGAUCUCAAAAAUACUAUCGAUGAGGUAAAGAGAUGUGCAACACUCAUGGAAGCUUUGGCUGGAUCUUGUAUGAAGGCCGAGCUUAGAGACACUCACUCCAUGGUUCGAAAAUUCAACAAUCAUAUCAAUGAUAUGGAAGCGCGUUUCACGGAACCACUUGCGACACUGACUGCCAAGAUGGAUGAGGGGUGGAAAAUCUUAAUAGAACACAAGGCGAUUCUCAAUGAAAUUCGUGGGGACGUUGGUGAUAUGCGCCCGCGAAUCUUUGACAUACAAUUCGGCGAAGCUACGCGAUUUCUCAAGCCAGAAAGGUGUCAAGCAGAAGCAUUACGUAAACAACAAUCACUGUCGAGGAGGGGCGGCCAGCGAUGGUCAGCCCAGAACCCAGACAUGGCUCAUCUCAUCACGAGCAUCGGCGAUUGGAUUGCUUCGCCAGAGCCCUCCCUUCUGUUUUUGCAAGCUGGUCCAAAAGCAGAAAUACGAACGAAACAAAUCGCCGUUGAACUAAUCAGCCUUCUUCAACCUGAAGCCAAACAAACAUGCUGGUAUCUAUCAGACGCUACAAUCGAGGACACACAUGCCACCUUGGCCGAAGUUCUGAAAAGUCUCGCAUCACAGCUUAUUGCGCUGGAUCAAGCCACCAUGGCAAAGCAUCUCGGGGAAAGCAUAUCUUGCGUGAAGCUUCAUGGCUAUCACACAGAGAAGGAAUGGUCAGACUUCAUAUCAUUGAUCCUGAAGAAUCUGCGCGAGUGCUUUAUCAUUGUUGAAGCCGAGGAUGUGUAUAAGCUGAUCAAGAGAGAUGUGAGCCAGCUCAGCCAAUUCAGGGCGAUCUUUCAAAGCAUGAUUGAUAAGGCUCGUGAUGCAGGCUGUAAAUGCAAGAUCUUGGUGGCUGGCUACAGGGUCAUGGGGGGUGGGACAAGGUUGAACCCUCAAUCUGCAUCAUCUUCCAGCAAAACCGUCAGCGUACGGGCACUGGAUCCUAUACCAGCUCGACUCCGUCGUGGCGGCCCAAGGUCCCCUUACAAGCAUCCAGCUUGGCAAGCUUUGAAGCGUAAGGCGAGGUACGGGGACAAGAGGGUGGACUCACGUACAUCGCAGCGCGAUUUGGCUGGAAGUAGUAAUGGCCCUGUUGAUUGA